GGAUUAAUAGUAUAAGCAUAAUUCCUCUCACUAACAUUAACAGGAUGAUUUCUCAAAGGAAAAGAUUAUCCAGUGGACUCAGUGUAACAUCCAAAGUAUUUGUGAGGUCACGGAAUGGGAAAGCCCUUAAAAUUGUUCGAGAACAUUAUUUAAGAAAUGAUAUUCCAUGUUAUAGUGAAGCAUGUAAUAAAUGUCAUGAAAUUAUUAAACCUGAUGCAAAUGGUGAAUUACCAAAAUUUAUUUUAUCAAAAGAUCCAAAUAAGUUAAAGGAUGGGUCUAAACAUUAUAUUAUUCUUGAUACAAAUAUUAUAUUACAUACUAUAGAUUUAUUAGAAAAUAUUCAAUGUUUUUAUGAUGUAAUAAUUCCUCAAACUGUAUUAGAAGAAGUUAAAAAUAGAUCAAUUCCAAUUUAUCAAAGAUUAAGAGGACUUGUUAAAUCAGAAGAUAAACGAUUUGUAGUAUUUCAUAAUGAAUUUAAUGAAUCUACUUAUAUUAAUAGAUUAAAAAAUGAAUCAAUUAAUGAUAGAAAUGAUCGUGCAAUUAGAAAAGUUGCUAGUUGGUAUAAUACUCAUUUAAAUGAUAAUAAUAAUUCUCAUGAAAAUAUUAAAAUAAUACUUUUAUGUAAUGAUAAAGAUAAUAGACUCAAGGCUAAUUCAGAAGGUAUUAAUGCUUUAUCUUUAUUAGAAUAUAUUGAUCUUUUACCAAAUGGUGAAGAUUUAAGAGAUUUAAUUCCAGCUGAUUCAAAUACUUUUAAUGAUUUUAAUAAAGAUAAUGAAACUUCAUUUCCUGAAUAUUAUUCUGAUGCCAGAAUUAUGGCAGGAAUUAAAAAUGGAACUUUAUAUCAAGGUAUUUUAAAUAUAUCUCAAUAUAAUUUCUUACAAGGUACAGUUCAAGUACCGGCAUUUAAAAAGCCUUUAUUAAUUAUAGGUAGUAAGAAUUUAAAUAGAGCAUUUAAUUCUGAUUCAGUUAUUGUUGAAUUAUUACCUAAGGAUAAAUGGAGAGAACCUUCAUAUACAAUUAUUGAAGAAACAUCAUUAGGAGCUGAUGAUAAUGCUGAAGAUGCUGAUUCAAUAGGUGAUGAUGAUAUAUCUGGAACUAAUGGAGUUGUAUCUGAUAAAGAACGACUUUUAUUAGCUCAAGAAGCAAUAAAUGCUACUAAUGCACAAUCUGAAGAACGUAGAUUACAACCAACAGCUAAAAUUGUUGGUAUUACAAGAAGAUCUUGGAGAUAUUAUGUUGGACAAAUUGCUCCUACUUCAGUUAUUGGUGAAGAUAGUGGUAAUUCAUCAAAGAGUUGUUUUGUUAUUUUAAUGGAUAAAUUAUUACCAAAAAUUAGAAUAAGAACUAGAAAAUCUAAAGAAUAUUUAGGUCAAAGAAUAGUUAUAUCAGUUGAUUCAUGGCCAUCAAAUUCUCGAUAUCCUAAUGGACAUUUUGUUCGAUCAUUAGGAGAAAUUGAAAGUGCAGAAGCAGAAACUGAAGCUUUAUUAUUAGAACAUGAUGUUGAAUAUCGUCCAUUUGCUAAGAAUGUAUUAGAUUGUUUACCAAUUGAAGGUGAUAAUUGGGUUGUACCUGAUUUAAAACAAACUGAUGAUCCUCAACUUAAAAAGAGAAUUGAUUUAAGAGAUAAAUUAGUUUGUUCAAUAGAUCCUCCAAAUUGUGUAGAUAUUGAUGAUGCAUUACAUGCAAAAAGAUUAUCUAAUGGAAAUUAUGAAGUUGGAGUUCAUAUUGCUGAUGUUACUCAUUUUGUUAAACCUAAUACUGCAUUAGAUCAAGAAGGAGCAUCAAGAGGUACAUCAGUAUAUCUUGUUGAUAAAAGAAUUGAUAUGUUACCUAUGUUAUUAGGAACAAAUUUAUGUUCAUUAAAACCUUAUGUUGAUAGAUUUGCAUUUUCAGUAAUUUGGGAAUUAGAUGAAGAUGCAAAUAUUAUUAAUGUUAAUUUUAUGAAAUCAGUUAUAAAAUCAAGAGAAGCAUUUUCUUAUGAAAGAGCUCAAUUAAGAAUUGAUGAUAAAUCUCAAACUGAUGAAUUAACUGAUUCAAUGAGAGUUUUAUUAAAACUUUCUAAAAAAUUAAAACAACAAAGAUUAGAUGCUGGUGCAUUAAAUUUAGCAUCACCAGAAGUUAAAGUUCAUAUGGAUAGUGAAACAAGUGAUCCAAAUGAAGUUGAAAUUAAGAAAUUAUUAGAAACUAAUUCAUUAGUUGAAGAAUUUAUGUUAUUAGCUAAUAUUUCUGUAGCUCGUAAAAUUUAUGAUGCUUAUCCUCAAACUGCAAUGUUAAGAAGACAUGCUCCACCUCCAGCCACAAAUUUUGAAUUAUUAAAUGAAAUGUUAAAUGCUAGAAAACCAGGUAUGUCUAUAUCAUUAGAAAGUUCUAAAGCAUUAGCAGAUUCAUUAGAUAGAUGUGAAGAUCCAAAUGAUAGUUAUUUUAAUACUUUAUUACGUAUUAUGUCUACAAGAUGUAUGAUGGCAGCUGAAUAUUUCCCAUCUGGAUCGUUUGGAUAUCCUGAAUUUAAACAUUAUGGAUUAGCGGUUGAUAUUUAUACACAUUUUACAUCACCAAUUAGAAGAUAUUGUGAUGUUGUAGCUCAUAGACAAUUAGCUGGAGCAAUAGGUUAUGAAAAUUUAGAUUUAAGUCAUCGAGAUAAAAAUAAAAUGGAACUUAUUGUUAAAAAUAUUAAUAGACGUCAUAGAAAUGCUCAAUUUGCUGGUAGAGCAAGUAUUGAAUAUUAUGUUGGACAAGUUAUGAGAAAUAAUGAAUCAGUUCAUGAAGGUUAUGUUAUAAAAUGUUUUAAUAAUGGUAUAGUUGUUUUAGUACCUAAAUUUGGUAUUGAAGGACUUAUUAAAUUAGAAUUACUUGGUGAUGUUAAUACUGCUGAUUAUAAUGAAGAUAAAUUUGAACUUAAAUUUACUGAUUUAAAUGGUAAUAAAAGAAUUGUUGGAGUAUUUGAUAAAGUAUUAGUUGAUGUUAAAUCAGUAAAAGAUGAAAUUAGUGGAAAGAGAAAAGCUCAAUUAUUAUUGAAGUAGAAUAUGAAAAUGCAAAUGUAUAUUAGAAAUAAAUAAUUGAAUUAUUAAACUAUUAAAUUAUUA